AUGAAGCCAGGCUUCCAGUGGUCGCAGAUUCUAUUCUUGGCCACCUUCGCAAUCACGUCCACAAUUUCACAUCCGCUCAGUAAGCUGCCGAGCAAAUUUUUUGGGCGUUAUACGCUUGAGAGCUCAGCCAAUCUUGACGCGUAUCUCAUUGCUCGAGGUUUUAUUUCUCUUCUUUUCUCAUUCUUCUUUUCCCACUGUGUGUCCCAAUGCCUGAAAAGCAGUCUAAAAAGACGAUAUAAAUGGCUUACCAGGCGACUAAUCCUGGUUGCAAGCGUUACAAAAAUUAUCCGGAAGGCAACAUCCGGUCUACCUCGGCGAUACGACAUGGAAACGCUUACAUGGAAGAAGAAUGUGCAUUAUCGUGAUUUUGCUCUUGGCGUACCUUUCCUCAGCGACCAUCUCGAGGAUGGCUUGUUCAAUGUAACAAUCAAUGUGAGCGAAGAUGGUGUGGUGAUGACGGAGAAUGUGGUACGAAUUGGCGAUCCCGAAGACGACGAAACCUUUGAGUACACUCGAGAAGGCGACUAUCUUACUAUGGUAGGCUUAAGGCCGCAAGAACCAUUUUUACCAAGCAGCAGCUAG